AUGAUUGUUUGCCGUGGUGCUCUAACGACGGAUAUGUUGGCUACUGAUUUGGCAUAUUAUCUAACUGGUCGCGGUGUAGCAUUUAGGGAAGCUCAUAAGUUAACGGGCGAGGCAGUGGCAAUGGCUGAAAAUCUCCAGAUUCCACUUCACCAAUUGAGCUUGUCAGAUUUACAACAAAUUAGUCCUGCUUUUGAUACAUCCGUAUAUAAAAUUUGGGAUUUUGAGCAUAGUGUGGACCAGUACUCAUCAAUCGGAGGAACUGCAAAGUCCGCUGUAUUGCAGCAGAUUCAAGAAUUACAUUCGUGGGCUGAAAAUACACAACAAAAAUGA